GACGACAGGCGACUCCCUGUACGAGACAUUAGGGAUACAAAAAGAUGCAACUACAGAGCAAAUCAAGAAGACCUAUCGGAAGUUGGCACUCAAAUAUCACCCGGACAAAAAUCCAGAUAAUCCUGAAGCUGCAGAAAAAUUUAAAGAAGUAAAUCAUGCCCAUGGGAUUCUCAGUGACCCUACCAAAAGGAAUAUCUACGAUAAUUAUGGUUCACUUGGAUUAUAUAUUGCUGAGCAGUUCGGCGAAGAAAAUGUUAAUACAUACUUCCUUGUAAAUUCAGGAUGGUGCAAGGCCCUGUUCCUAUUCUGUGGUCUGAUCACAGGCUGCUACCUUUGUUGUUGUUUCUGUUGCUGCUGCAACUUCUGCUGUGGAAAGUGCAAACCUCGACCCCCAGAUGAAACGGGAGACUAUCAUAACCUAAAUCCUGACCAGCGAGAGGGCGUUGUAACAGAGCAACCGGGGCCUUCCAGAAGCAAAGAAGAUGUAAGUGAUGAGGAACUUGAGAAUGGAGGAAAAGCCAUGGGUGAUGGGGGUCAUCCUGUCACUUCACAGCCUCCACCCUCUACCAACCCCUUCAGGAAACCAGAGAAUUCUGAGGAAAAGAAAGGUUCUCCAUCUUCUACUAACCCCUUCAGGAAACAAGAGAUGUUCAACCAGAAUAAAGGCAAUUCACCAUCUACCAACCCCUUCAGGGCACCAGGUGGAGUUGGUGAAAGUAGUGGUGGUCAACCAGUGUUUGCCAUGCCUCCACCACAGCCUACAUCCACAAACCCAACUAAUCCCUUUGCCAUGGGUGGAGCAGCCAAUGAAAGCACUUCCCUUAAUACGAGCAAUCAGCCAACCUAUACACCAGUUGCUGAGAAGUAGUACUGUAGUAGAUUUUCUAAAGCAAUUACGAGAUUUGGACAGAAUGUCACAGAAUGCAUCUCCUAGUCAUACUCAUUACUAGCAAGGAUCCUUUCACCUCAGCAGGGUAACUGUGCGUGUGAACAGAAGCUCACAGUCUUAAGGUGUUACUCUUCUAGAUCCUUCCAGUAUCUGUAUUAAGAAUGUCGAAAUUCUGGAUGAUGAUGAAGCAUCCUUUGCUAGAGAAAAGAUAAUUAAGUGUCGAAGAGUUGCCUCAGGUUUGCCUGAACUGUAAAUGAUAAAGUAUUCAUUUACAUAACUUAUGACGUGUAUUAUUUAUUUAGAUUUUUUUUUUUUUUACAGUAAAAUUUUGCUGUUUAGCACUUAGUAAUAAGGUGUGCUAAUUGUUAAUGGCAGGUUACACACUAGGUAUAAACAUGAAUGCUUCACAGUGGUGUAAUGCUGGAGAAAAUGGAGUGUGAAUGUAUUAAGGUGUGUGAUCUUCCUUCCAGCAGCUUGCUCUAACAAGGUUUUAUGGACAUAUAUUGGCGCUCUUCUCUUAACCUUUAGUUCUCCUUGCAACAAUCCCCUUCACAUGUUCUAUUUCAAUAUUAUCCUUCAAUUUUUUUUUUUUUUUAUAUAUAUAGUUUUUGUGAACCUCGGGUUGGGAUACUAUUUUACAUAAAUAAUUUUUCCUAAAGUAUUUGUUCAAUACUUGCAUUGUAUACUGUACACUUGUGCAAAAUAGCAAACUUUUACUGUAUUAUUUUUUGUUUUGUAUUCUUAACCUUCAUCUGGUGUAAUAGGUUUUUUCUUUGUCACAUUAGUGAACUUAUUUUUAGGGUUUUCAUAAGAGUUUCAAGUACUGCAUAGUAGAAGAGAGAUUUCUCUAAACAUUCCACACAUUAGUCUGUGUUGUCUCUGGAAGUGUCUGAUAAAAUACCGUGUUCCAACUUCAGGGGCAAUGUUGAACAUUUAGUCUGACAGAACUAAAUCAAUUUGGCAUUAUAAUUUAUGAUUACAAAUAUAGUCAAAUUGCACUAGAGGGGUUUCCUCAUUUUUCAUAUGCCAAGAAAACUUUGAUAUUGUUUCAGUACCUCUCAGACAUUGACUAGUAGACAAAUAUAUUUAAUUUAUUUAGCCUAAUAGCAUACAAAAUGCAAAUUUGUGCCAAUUGUUUUUUUAUGCCUUUUUUUUACUUAAUAAUCUUAAUUGCAUUUGAUUAAAGGUUAUUGAAGUGGAAAGGCAGUGUGUACGUACAGAAGAAUAUUUUUUCCAGAUGUUACCAAUGCUUAUAUGAAGACUUCAGAGAUUGCAUAACUUAUUACCAUUAUGAAUUUAAUUGUAGUACGUAAAGGUUUAUUUUCCGUACACAUUACACAAUUUUCUAUCAUUUUAUAUUUUGCCUCAAUCUGACACUGUGGAGAUACUGUACUGUAGUUUUAUAUUAGAUUUUUAUAAUUGUAUUCACAUGCAUUGUGAAUAUAAAUGGAUUACUUUUAAUAAAUUUGUAAUGAAAGUCAUUUAGGAAAUGAAUUGUAGUUUUUUUUUUAUUACAGAUCAUUCAGCACUACAAAACUACUUCAUUUAGUGUUAUGAUUCAUUCAUAAGAUUAUGGCAUAUAAUUAUACUGUAUAAUGUAUAUAUUUGAAAAUAAGUUGAAGAUUAUUUUACAUCAAUUAUCUUAUUGGACUGAAAUACAUGUUGGGUAUUAGUGUUCAAGGAUAUCCAAUGAGCAUAACUGCAUAUGUUGAACAUUUGUUCAGUUUCUUAUCUGUGUGUGAUUUGCAUGCCCUUACUGGAAAUGGUAUACUUCCUUACAAGCCCAGCUUGAAAGGGUGUGUGAACAAGCUCAUCACAUCUGUAAAUCUUUUAUGGUAAAGCAUUUGGGUGUUGAUAAGAAAUAUAUGUCCAUGAUGGCAUGCUGAACAUGGCAAUAGUUGCAGAGACAUCUGCUGACUUGUGGAUCCUAAUAUAUUUAUUGUUCUCAUUAGAUGAUAUACAGUGUGUGUGUACAUCUAGAACUGAGAUACUUGGCUGCUAGAAAAAUAUAAUAUUGUACUGUAUAUCCGUUUAGAAAAUUUUAGAUUUUUUUUUUAUAAUGCAAUAUCUAGAAUAAUCUUUCAGAUUAUUAUUUAAAAUUAUUAUGGUUGAAAUGGUAGAGUUAACAAAAUGAUUGAAAAUGGUAAUUAAGUCUGCAAAGUUGUCCAAUAAAGAUUAUAUACUUCUAUGGAGGUGAUAUUUGAAAAUUGUGGAUGGUUGUAUGACAGCUUUCACCAAAACAACUACUUACCAACUUUGAGCCUAUUUUGGGUUCGCCAGUGUGUUCACUGGCUUAAUCACAGAUGGUAAAUAAGGGUUUUAUGAAAACAAUAUUUUCAAAAUCUAAAAAUUUCUUUAAUCUAGAAUUUCCUGCCUGCCUGCCUGUUACUGUUCUUCCACAGCAGUAGGCAUCCUCAUGUAUUAUCCUCUUUUCUCCACUACCCUCCCUUUUUCCUUGAAAGGAAAGGCCACAAUAAAAGCUGUUCUCAUGUUGAUCUUUCUAUAUUUAAGACUUAUUUUUGAGUUUUAAUUUUUGUAAUGCUUAAUAGAUUUUACACUUGUAGAAGGAACACUUUCAGAAAUUUGUUUCUUGUUUGAGAGUGGCAUUACUUGAGAGCAGAACUUGAGUGGAAAUAAAACAUAAUUUUCCCUUUUGAACACUUCAUUACAUUUUAAAUGAGGCAUUGCUGUGAGUCUUUAUGCUGCAAUGAUUCAUCUGGUUAUAAAUAAUGUGAGCAAUUUCUGCAUCCCUGUUAUGUCAUCAUUUGAAUGUUAUGUGGGUUUAAUUAACACUAACCUUAAAACAACACGUGUCAAAUUUUAAAGUAGUUGUACUUGAAAUUAAAAUGUUUUGAUUUAUAUUCAAAUUUGAGUUUGGGUGCUGGACAUUUUUUGUAACUGACUAUAAUUGCAUCAGUGUGCAUUUUUUCUGUCCAGUUUUCUUUAUUAUUUCACAGGAAGCAUUUGAAAAACAAAAAAUCCCAGUAUGGUUUGUUCCACAAUCAUUUACAGUUCAAUAUGCGUUACCAAACCAUUGGUUAAGAUGGUCAACUUCACCUUCCAAGGGUAUUAUGAGUUUUUUUUUUUUUUUUUAGGCAGUGCCUCUAUAUCCAUCCAGUAAAUAUUUGUUUUAAUAUAAAAAGUUUCUCUGGAUUCUUGAAUUUUAUUUGUUAGUGGUGUGUGCACAUUUCUCAUAUUUGCAGCCGAUCUCAAAUUUUGUGUUUAGAUAUUUUCCACUAUAUUCGCACCUUGUAUAGUGUCUAAAUGAGGUUGUUCAAGCAGGGCAAUACUAACCAUUUCUUAAUGCAACUUUUAUUUUAAUGGUGGUUUUACAAUAAUAUAAGGUCUGUGAUACUGCUGUACGUGAUUUUUUUUUUUUUUUUUUUUUUGUGGGAUAUACUAAGAUACUGUAUGAACCCUGUCGGGCAGCUUGAGAAAUGGCAUUACGAGAGAUCUAAUUACUACUACCUGUCUUCUUGGUACUGCCCUGCUCAUUCUCCCUCACUGUGUCUUAUUAAUUAUCGGAAAAUUAUGAGGUGUUGUCAGUGUGUAGGCCGUGUAAAUAAGAGUUACUGUUGAUUAUGAUGAUACCUAUUAUGCAUGUAUGAAAAUGUAGAGAAUAUAAAAGUUCCACCAUUUAA